AUGUCGCGUCUUCUUACUUUUGCCGCCGGCCUGGCGCUGGCUGCUGCUCAGCUCACUUCUUCCUCUCUCGAAAACCACGUCGAUACUCUCACUCUAGGCAGUUCGUUCAACCCUGUCAAGGAGGCUUACUGGACCGGUCUUCCUCACCAUCGCCGCACUCCCUUCGCCGUCUCACCUGAUGGCAAGACUGCUUUCCUGGCCUACCUCGACGCCAGCGGCACAGGCGUUCACGUCCAGGGUGUUGACCCCAAGACCUUCGCUGCUGUUGGCACUCCCGUUACUCUCAAGAGCGGUAAAGAAGCCGGUGGUCUUGUUGCACACAAUGACGGUUUCGCUCUUCUGACCAACGAGGUUGUAUCUGGAGAGUCCAAGGACCCUCUCCCCGUUAUCUACAAGUACACCAACGGUAAGCAGGCCUUCCGAACCCUUCUUGGUGGUUCUGGAUUCUCGGGCAAUGCUCUUGCUUCUCCCGAUAUCAACGGCGAUCUUGUCUUUUCCGAAAAGGCUGGUUACUAUGCCGCCUACAUCGUUGUCACUUCUUACAGUGGCGAUGCCUCAGGUCACUUUGGAGAUGCUAUUCGUUACAUCACCCCUGCCGGUAAAGUCGAGGAGAUCCAGGGCGCAUCUUCUUCGUGGGGCUGCUCCCACAACACUGGCAUUGCCUUCGAAGCUGCCGAUGAACCCCCCUUUGCUUCUCUCUGCUCCGAGGAUCAGGGCGCUAUCUGGAUGAACACCGAGACCCAGGGUAUGGGCAACAACGGUGUAAAGGUAUCCAACGAGCAUGUCAUCAACGGUGCCAGCAACGAGCCUAUGGGCGGUAUGGGUGGUUCGUACAGUUCCCUGGCUCGCUUCGUCGGCGCUGAUUCCUACAUCUUCUCCUGGGUUUCCCGUGGCGCCAUUGACCUUACUCUUAACGACUGGAUGGGCGAAGGCUACACUCAUGCUGCAAACCGCACCAACAACCGCAACGUUGCUAUCGCUCUCUUCUCCGACAAGAAGACUCUUGUUGGUGAGCAGGCCUCCUCUAAGGUCGGUGCUAAGGAUGGUGACAGCCAGAUCAACUGGGUGACCGACGGUGCCAACGACUGUUCCAACGCCCACGCCGCUACCUUCGACGCCUCCACUGCUCUUAUCUCCUGGGAGGAGAUCUCCAACCCUAUCUGCGAGUUCGAGGCUAUGGGCUGCAAGGGAACGUUCGCUGGUACCAAGUUCCAAGCCGUCGACAGCAAGGGCAAGAAGGUUGGCGCUGCCAUCACCUCUGAAGACACCUAUGUUGCUGGUGACAUGGUCACUAUGUCUGAUGGCCGUAUUUGCUGGCCUUAUGUCAACAUGGCUUGGUCUCUUAGUGGUCCUACUCAGGCUGCUGAUGUCAAGAAGAUUUCUUUCGCUUGCAUGUCCAACGGUAGUGGCUCUGGAUCCGGUUCCGGCUCUGCCACCAAGGCCUCUGCUGUCGUUUCUGAGCCUGUUGCCACCAAGACUCCCAGUGCUGGUGCUUCCAAGCCUUCAACUGUGAAGGCCUCUGCUGAUGCUGAGGAGGUUGUUGCUGAAACGUCUUCUGCCCUUCCCGAUGGUGCUCCCCGUCCUUCUUUUGCUCCAGUCCCCGGAUCCGUGACUGAUGUUCUCUCCAAGCCUACGGAGGUCACUUCCGCUGUCUCGAUCAAGAAACCCUCCUCCGCUGUUGUUGUCAAGCCCUCUUCUACUGCCGGCCCCGAGGCUGAAAAGACUGAUGUCCCCGAGUCUGACGAUGCUCCCGUUGCCACUGACGAUGCUCCCGUUGCCACCCAAACCUCCACCAAGACUCCCCCUAAGACCACCUCAGUCGAGUCUGAGCCUGCUGAUGGCGAGGACUGCGAUGAAGAAGAGUCCGGUAACGCCCCUGUCGCUACUCAGGUUCCUACUGAAGCUCCCAAGCCUACCGGCCGCCGAACUCGCACUCGUCGCCCCCGCCCAACCGGUUUCCCCUCGGCUAAGGAUAAGAAGUGCGUUGCUAAGACUGUCACCCAGACAGUCUACGUGACUGGCACUCCUUCUGCUCCUGGAUACUAA